GAUGGUUGCCGCUUCUGCCACCCGUAACAUGCUCCAUCAAUAUGGCCGUCGCGCCAUCGGCAUCUCGUUGAUCGCCUCCGUCGGCGCCACCGCCGCCUUCUUCUUCGGAUACGUUCAGCCAAGACACGAGAAAUACGAACGCUUCUUCGCCAACUACGAUCCAUACACCAGAAUGAAGGAGAUCUGUGCCGCGAACAAGGGAUACAUGCACACAUGCCCACAGGAGCUCGCCAAGCUCUACGAGGAGAAGGGCAAGACUGUUGCCGAUUUGUAGACGCCCACGCCUCGAAUCUUGUGUGUGUUCUUGUACUAUUUUGUUAGUCAAUUUCUUAUUCUCUUCGAAAUGUUGCGAUAUUCUUAAAUAGCUUGGUUUGUUCCGAAUAAAAAUGUUCGUAAUCCG